AUGAGUAAAGCUGCACUUUCUUUGGAACUACCUUGGGUAGAAAAAUAUCGUCCUCAUUUGUUAAAGGAUAUUGUUGGUAAUGAAGAUACCAUUGAAAGAUUGAAACAUAUUGCCAAGGAUGGUAAUAUGCCUCAUAUGAUUAUUUCUGGUUUGCCUGGUAUUGGUAAAACUACAUCUAUUCAUUGUCUGGCUCAUGAGUUAUUAGGAGAUUCCUAUUCGCAAGCCGUGUUGGAAUUGAACGCAAGUGAUGAUAGAGGUAUCGAUGUGGUCAGAAAUCAAAUCAAACAUUUUGCUCAAAAGAAAUGUCACUUACCUACAGGGAAGCAUAAGAUCAUUAUAUUAGAUGAAGCUGAUUCAAUGACUGCUGGUGCUCAACAGGCUUUGAGAAGAACAAUGGAAAUAUACUCUAACACAACUAGAUUUGCGUUUGCUUGUAAUCAAUCGAAUAAGAUAAUUGAGCCUUUGCAAAGUAGAUGUGCUAUAUUACGUUAUACAAAACUGAGUGAUGAACAGGUUCUAAAAAGAUUAUUGGAAAUUACAAAAGCUGAGGAUGUCAAAUAUACAAAUGAUGGUCUUGAGGCUCUAAUCUUUACAGCAGAAGGUGAUAUGAGACAAGCUAUAAAUAAUUUACAAAGUACGGUUGCAGGUCAUAGUUUGGUCAAUGGUGAUAACGUUUUCAAAAUUGUAGAUUCACCACAUCCACUAAUAGUGAAAAAAAUGAUACUGGCACCAACAUUGGAUGACUCUUUAUUGAUCUUGAGAAAAGAAUUGUGGGAUAAAGGUUACUCCGCUGUUGAUAUCGUCACCACAAGUUUCCGUGUAACAAAGACAUUGUAUGAAUUAAAAGAGCCGCAAAGAUUAGACAUGAUCAAAGAAAUAGGAAUUACCCACAUGAGAAUUUUAGAAGGUGUUGGUACCUAUCUUCAGUUAGCUGCCAUGAUGGCAAAAUUAAGCACACAUAAACUCUCAACAAACUGA